AAAAGAAUAUGAAUUUGAAAUGCACUCAAAAAACCUGCCACAACACUUUGCAUCGUUUUAACAGCCGCACGUGGUUACUGUACGUUCUGGCAAGAGCACGGAGUGAAUGUGGGUGUUCUCUGAGAGGUCCGCGGUACUGGCGCUUCUUGCUGGCAGCUGACUUGCGAGCAGUAACUAAAUCCACCCGACCGUUAAUCCCGUUUGGGCCCCUCCUGCUCCGCUGUUAUUUCCCUGAAGAUGUCGCCCGUGCAGUUAUAUUCAGGAAAACUGUCUCCAAAAAGCAUUGAAAUUUAAUGAAAACCGUUAUACCCAUUUUCCAGAAUAUCAUUAUUUUGUUUUAUGGGCCCAAAUUUUACGAACUAGAAUGUUCAUGCCUACAGGGGCGACGAAUAGGCUCUCAAUACGGAAUACGAAGGAAAAGCUACGAAGACGCACGUAAGGCGGAAACAUACAUUCCAAAACUUCGUCCUCGUAUUCCGGAGGGGGGGGGGGGAACUGGAGGCCUGAAAACGUGUAAAUCUGUCAUAGUUUCGAAACCGAUGUUUGCCAUUGUCACAGUACUUUCUGACAUAUGACAAAGUAAAUUCGAAAAAGAUAAAAGGAUUGGGAAUGAGGAUUACAAUCGCACCUGGGAACUCCACCGCAACAUUUGCGCAUCGCUUUAACAGCCGUGGCUACCGUACACACUGGCAAGAUCGCAGAGUGUACUUCAUAGUAUCUUUGGACGUUCCAUAUGUUCCAUAUUACGGCCACAGUAAGAAACACAGAACUGGCAGUGAAACUGUUUCUUUUUUUGCGCGCGCGCUUCCGCGCCCCUGUGAAGCGUCUAAUAAAAUUGUUCUGACCGUCCGUCUGUACAUAUGAAAUAAUUUCAGAAUCACUGAACGGAAUUUCGUAAAAUAUGUCAUGACAUUUGUGUAAACGUCCAAAUUUGAGGUUAAGUAACGGCAACAAUGACUGUGACGUGGCGGCAUAGUAGCAGUAAAAUAAUAUCGAACGGUGUAAAGUGAAAUCCUUCGGAACCCUGACAGUGAGAGACGCCACACUGCCUGCCCUCAACCAGAAGCUGCAAGCGUAUCCAACGGCGAACCUGGACACUGUAACAGGGCCCAUCGGAUCCAUCUGGCAGCUCUGGCCGUCAUACUACUGCCGAUGACAAUCCUAAGAGACAUGGACACCAUAAAGGCAGAAUCCCAUGCAGAUGAUGAGACAGUCAUGGUGUCUGCUGACAGUUACUGUAACUGGACUGAUACGAAGGAGGAAGUGGAUCCUCUCUUAAUAACAUUCCCGUCAGUGAAGCCUGAAAGUGAGCGAGACCUGGACUGUGUGAAGGCAGAAACCGACGGGGACAGUGAGACAGGGAUGGUGUCUGCUGACAGUUAUGAUGACCUGAUUGAUGUAAAGGAAGAGAUGAGUCCUGUCAUAACUUUCCCAGCAGUGAAGUCUGAAAGCCAGAAAGAGUCUUGUGAUUCUAGUGAGACUGCUGAACUUCCAAGUGAAGAAAUGACAGAUGAGAUUCAUGAGAGUGACAAGAAGCCAGCGAUUGAAGAUGGAUCCUCUAUCAUGAAGAAGAUAGGUAAUGUUUGGAGUUGUGACAUAUGCAAGGAAGGGUUCCCAUCACAUCAGCAUCUCACUGAACACUGCCAAACGCACGUCACAGACACUUCAUUCAAGCAUGAUGUUAGUGGUGUGCAGCCUUCACAAAGUGAAUUGCAUGUGAAACAUAAGGACACACAUUUCAGAUGUUCCACAUGUGGGAAACAGUAUUCACGGCAUCCAGAUUUUGUGAUUCAUCAGCGAAGACAUACGGGUGACGCACCUUUCAGUUGUGACAUUUGUGGGAAAGGAUAUUCACGUCCAAAAAAUCUUGUGAGACAUCAGGGAACUCAUACAAGUGAAAGGUGUUUCAUGUGUUCUACUUGUGGGAAACCAUUCUUACGCAGAUCACGUCUUUUGAUACAUCAGAGAACCCACACAGGUGAAAGGCCUUUCAAAUGUGGCAUUUGUGGGAAAAGAUAUUCAUGUCAAAGAAAUUGUAUGGCACAUCAAGUAGCACAUACAGGCCAUAAGCCUUUCAGAUGCCUUGUUUGUGGAAAAGAAUUCUCAUGGAAAGCACGACUUGUAACACACCAGCAAGCACAUACAGGUGACAGACCCUUCAAAUGUUUUACGUGUGGAAAAACAUUCAUAUGGAAAGGGAACCUCAUGAGUCAUCAGAAAAUUCAUACAGGUGACAAGCCUUUCAAAUGUGCUGUUUGUGGAAAAGCAUUCUCAUGGAAACGAAAUCUGCUCACACAUGAAGUGUCCCAUACAGGUGACAAGUCUUUCAAAUGUUUCACUUGUGGCAAAAGUUUUUCACAUAAAGGAUCUUUUCGGACUCAUCAGAGAUUACAUAGAACUGAUACAAAUUUCAAAUGUGGCAUUUGUGAAAAAGGAUUUCCACGUAAAGAUAGGCUUGUGAGACAUUUACAAUCAUGCAUAUCUGAAAAGCCUGUCUAGAAAUGUUUUCCACUCAAGUUAGAAUGUGUUUUGAACCACUAAAGAGAAAGGAAGGCGGGGUUUCAGGUGUGAAAGGAGGAGGUACCUUUGAACUUUACUUUUGAAUGUGCCAUUCAGAUGGUGCAAGGAAACUAGGCUUGUACUGCCUCUAGAUGUGACACAUCAGCUUCUUGUCUGUGCUGAAGAUAUUCAUAUAUUGGAAGAAAACGUGAAUACUGUCACGUGUUUGCUAGGUAACGUGGCAAGAAAAUUUAUGU